AUGGAUUCUAAUAAGUUAAGAAGUUCAGGUUAUCAAAUCUCAGAUAGAGUUCAAUUUGGUGGUGUAUUCGAGCCAGAGAAAUGCAAACAGAUAGCCAAAACAAGUGAUGGAAUUGAUGGGUAUAUCGAAUAAAAUGAAAUUGCCAUGAUCAAUGAAUAAAGGGUUCAAUCCAACUUCUUAGGAUGUUUCAAAUUGUUAGGCAAUUUUAGAUAGGAAAUCGACUGGUCGUGUUCACCACAGAGGAUGUUGAAUAAUUGGUAUAGAAGUAUUUCUCUGGACAACCACCAGCUUAACCAGUCAAGAGAGUGCCAGAGAAGUUGUCAAGAAUAGCACAAGAAAGAUUGGAGGUGGCCAGACGUAUCUUCAAGUUUGUGGACAAAGAUGGAUCAGGAUUUUUUGACUGAGGAGGAAGUGCCAGAGUUAUUGAAGGAAACUUACAAGCACAUGGGAAUGAACGAUUAUCAACCAACAAAGGAGGAUGUGACCAUUUGGAUUCAGAUGACUGACACUGAUGGGGAUGGUAAGGUGACUUUAGAGGACUAUGAACAAUUGGUUUUGGAUUCAUUGAGAAAACAAGGAAUCAGUUUGGAAUGAUUUAAUAAAUAAGUAGAAUAUAUAUAAUAGUAAU